AUGCAUGUAAGAAAGAAAACCAUGCCAAAGGCAGAUCGACGACGCCUCGCAGCGAGUGACAGUAAGAGCGACGCGGAUCGCAAGAUUCAGACUGUCAAGUCGGCUAACAAAAGCUCAAGAAAAGAAGAAGGUAAUGCGCUAAAUGAGGCUUUGGAACCCUUAAUUAAGGCCCCGUCGGAUGAGGCGGAAUUCCAACUUUUGGCAAUUCAAACCGAUCAAUUAGAAUUCAAAGUUGCCCAAUGGAAACAACAACAAAUGUUACGACGUGACGCGUUGCAACUUAAGAGUGAGGAGAUUAAAUUGAAGGAAAUGAUAACCAAGCAGCAACAACAUACACAAGUAAUGGAGUUAAAGGCAGGAAUUUUUAAAGCAUUGGAUGAAGCCAAUCAAUCUUCAGCUCAAGCUAAAAAAUACCUUGCACUAUUAGAAGGAUGA